AUGCUCAGGCAAACAGGUGCUGGAUGGACUUAUGAUGAUCUUGCGAGCAACACAAGCACAAAAAAUAUUAUAGAUGGUAUUCAGAAGGAAUUCCUGUGGUGGGGAGACCUGCAUGGCUGGUGGCACACAAACCCUGCAUACAACAGCAUGUGGAGUGGUGCUGAUAGUGGCCAAAAUUUUGCCACUCAUGCAGUCAGACUCUUCAAAUUGCAGUUGAACCCUCAUGCCAUUUCAGAUGGCCUUCCUGUACCUGGCUCUCCAGUACCAUUGGAAUUGGAAGAGGGUGAAAUAGGGGAGAGUUCUAACUUAAUCUUUGCAGACAAUUCUCUGGAAAUGACUGUAGACUAUGUUGGCAAGCCUCCCAUCCCAUUGCCUUCCUUUGCCAUUUCACAUUCAUCAUUGUUCCCCUCAUUUGAUCAACAGUUGUCACCUGCUGUCCUGUCUCCUCCCCCAAUCCUUUCUGAUUCAUCAUCACAUGCCACCCCCCCAUUCAGAUCUGAAUGGCCAUUGCUUGCUAUCCCUUCACCCUCCCUAUUCAGAAACCAACUCAGCAUUCCAUCUGUCCCCCCUUUUGUCUCUGACAGGGGGGAUCUUUCAUCAUUUGCUCUCCCAUCACCCCUGCUGUUUGGAAUUAAACAUCCAUUGCUUGGCAUUCCAUCUCCCCCCCCUCUCAUUGUUGACAAGGGGGAUCCCAUCAGUCUGAAUGAUGACCCCACCCCCUUUGUAUCCUGCCACCCAAAAAUUCAGCCAAUGCACCCAUCUCUUGAGCACAACUCCCCUCUUCUGAAACCCAGGUUGGCUUCCACUCCAAACACAGAUGAGUCAUCUGACUCAGACAUGUCAUCAUCAAAUCUUUUUUUGGGGCUUCGUAUGUCUUCAUCCUCCACUGUGCUGUCUGAUGAUAGCAACUGCAAGCCAUCAUCAUCCAAGCUGUCCUGUAAGCAUGGGAAUGAGGCCCCUGCUGACCAGCUCUCAGUGCAGCAAGAUCAGUUGGAGCACAAGUGCUCCCAAAUGGACUUCAACUACUGGAAGGUGAAGGAGAGGAAGUCUGCUCAUGACUACCAGCUCACAAAAUGGUCUACUGAUGUGGAGGAUCAUGAGCACCAGUUGCAAAUGCAAUGCAAGCUGCAUGCACAUGAGCAAGCAAUGGUGGCUCAGGAGGUUGAGAAGAUGAAGCUUGCAGUUCAGCUGGAGCAGCUGUGUGUUCAGAAUCUCACAUUGCAGAAAGGCAUUGCAGGUGGUGAGGACCAAGGUACUUCAUCUGAUAGUCAGAAUAUUCACCUCACCUUCUGA